GACGUCAAGUUUUGGCGACGGAGGGGGCGUUUCUUCCGCAUUCGUUUCUUGUGUUUACACAGUAGUUGUCAACGUGUAUUUUGUCAAGAUGAUUGAUCAGAAAGCACAAAAUAUAAGCUCUAUUCCAAUCGAUGCAUUUAGCAAUAUGCGAAUCACAUCAAUAUGGACAUUUCUGAUGUCUAUACAGUGGUCGGAGCCGUGGCUUAUUGGACUUCUGGGGUUCCAUGCUGUCUGUCUCCUUGCAACUCUCCUGACACGUAGAUUCUACAGAGUGCAAAUAUGCCAGUUCCUGGUUAUGGUAUGCAUGGUGUACAGCGCUGAAUAUCUGAACGAGGUGGCAGCCAUGAACUGGAGGUCAUUUUCCAAGUUCCAGUACUUUGACUCAAAUGGGAUGUUCAUAUCUUUGGUCUACUCCAUUCCCCUUCUGCUCAACACAAUCAUCAUUGUUGCGUUGUGGGUGUACAGGACGUUCUCCACCAUGAUAGAGCUGAAGACCCUGCAACUGAAGAGAAAGGCCCGUAGAGAGCAGAACAAGAAGACUGACUAAUCACUUUCCUCUGGGACCUCCAUUGAGAUCAGUGGGGUGCUGAUGCUGGGAAUCACCUCAACUGGAUCCAUGUUAACUUGGCUAACAUGGUGCCACAUCAGCAUCACAUGGCAAACAUCUGCAUCACAACAUGGUUGGUUCCAGUGCUUCGACUGCCUAAACUUUUUGAAAGGUAGAUCUGUACUGUGUUUGUAUUAACUACAGUAUGAGAAGAGUGGAGGAGGUGAUCACUAUUGUCUUCCAUCUUUUCAAUGGGUAAAUAUCACACCUGCAUUGCUUAUAUACUUGCCCAAGUUGAUUUCCCUCUGCAAAUCAGAACAGACUGGAUGGCUGAAGAAGUAUGGUUGUGGUAAAGUUGCCUUUUUUCAUUAAGUGAAUAUCGUUUGAUGGAAUACAGUGUACAUAUAAAACAUUUAUUAAGGGGACCAAAUAUGUUAUCAAACAUUUAUAACAUUUAUUUCUUCAUAUUAUGUGAUGAGAAGGUAGCCUACUUGUUUUGCACAACAGUGUAAUGCUCAUGGCAAAUAUUGUCGUUAUUUUGCAUGUAGUGAUAAUGGUUAUGGAAAAUAAAAUGUUGUAUUGAGGCAUAAAUGCAAUUUUUUUGAACCCCUUAUAUAAUGUGAAUUCAUGGAACCAUGUGAAUCCACUCCUGCACUUAUUCUGUUCUCUACUAGUCCACAAUAGGGCGAUAGUGACCCAAUGACUACAUGCUCUGUGCUCCAACACCCUCUGCGGGGUCGUAAAACAACCAGAUAAAUCUGGUUUUCAUGGGAAAUGAAAAAAGAGGACUUUAACAAGGCGACACUCCAUCUUAACUCCUCCCCCAUAUUUACUGGAUUGGUUCAACGGUGCAGAAGAGAACCUCCCCAGACACUUUUUCUCCUCCCCGGCGGGACCAGAAAUGCCGCUACAUUAGGUUAGUGCUCCAUAAGGAGAGACAUCAAGGAUCAAUAGCAAAGGAUCCUUUAAAGAUGAUUAACAGUGUAGAUGAUGCUACAUUGAACACAUAAUUUAUUUCACCGGGUCAAAGCAGAUAAAAUACAAAGGGUAUUAUCAUGUUGAUCUUUGGCAGAUACUAAGAAAACCUAAACUACAUUUACAAAAAGGCCGACCCUUUAAAAGAGGUCCAAUAACUCACACCCCAUUUUUCACUCUUUAUCUCAGAGAGAGGAGGAACAUCUGAUUCCAGCUGCGGGUUAUUUAUUCACAUUCUUUAUUUUCCCAGAUGCGUCUGACGUGUAGUGGAAUGCGGUUCCUGUGCUGGUAUGCGGUUCCUUUCAUGAUCUGCCAGGGUUGAUAGCUACGGACGUGAUCAUGUUCUCGGUUACAAUCAUGUUCUGAAAGUCAUCUGAGGAGUUAAAGAGGAGGAGGGGCUUGGAAGGGCAUUCAUUGUCUCUGGUCUGUGGGGUUGUUGCAAGCCGAGGCCUGAUGUUUUCCCCCUUCAGGAUAGCUAUGCAGUGAUUCCCCUGCCAAAAGAAGGGCUUUAGAAGUCCUCCUCAUAUGGCAAGGAUAGACAGGUGCUUGCUCAUCCACACUGGUUUACAUGCAUGCACAAGACCUAAUCUUCUGAAUAUGUUCUGGGAUAUAAACUAAUGUUGGAAUAUGUAAAAUCAAAGAAGUUACCUAAGAGGUUUCAGAUACAGGGAGGAUUGCAUGGAAAUAUGAAAAGAGACUAUGGAAACCAUAUGUGGUCAUUUAUCCACUUCUGAAUUCUAAGCACAAUAUAGAUUUGAAAAAGCUAACAGGUGCUUUAAGCUCUCGUCCAUUUGUAUUCUGUGCUUGUGAGCUCGCCUAUUUUCUGACAAAGUGCCUUGUCAGGGUUUGCGGUGUUGUGGCCUGCAGAUGCCCAAAACCUCAUGUUGCUCGGAUCCGUGAAUGAUUCACCACCCAUCUCUCUCACCUUGUAGGCCUUGUCAGGGAAUUCCUGUUUGAUUCCAUUCCCAGAUUCCGGCCUGGCCAUUGCAGUGCCGCGGAAACUGUUAGAAAUGUUCCCAACCUUAGUCCAUGUUGUGAAUCGGAUUUCAGACAAGCAUCUGCAAAACAUCCUCACAAACCCUUGGCACAGGUCCCUGGCAAACCCAGUUGAAAGAACAAGGAGCGAGCAGAUACUGCCAGCUUUUAAUAAAAGAUUCCCCUCAACCCCUGGAAACUUCA